AUAUGUUAUUAUAUGUUAGCAUUUUUUAAUCUAAACAGUUAUUGUCUAGUCAAGUUUUUCAAUUUAGUCCGUGUUUUGUAAUAAACUACAUAAACUAAUUUAGUUUCUUCUUACGGAGAAAUUGAAUAUGGUACCAGAAACUGUGAAGGAAUGUUAAUGUUCUUGGGUGACCACAGCUAUACAGAUAUAACUUGUAACCUACAAAAUGUUUUGUUUACUUUUGCACCAUACGCGUAAUUUCCGUCAAUUACUUAUUAAACAAGUUUCAAAAUCACACGUUUAUGCAGUCAGCAAUGCGUUACACACCACAAGAUUGCUGCGACACGGCGAAUAUGAAUGGAAGGACCCAAAAUCCCCGGAUGAAAUAGUUAACAUAACAUAUGUUGACAAAGACGGCAAACGAACCAAGGUACAGGGAAAGGUGGGAGACAACGUUCUUUACCUGGCUCACCGGCAUGGCAUUGAAAUGGAAGGCGCCUGUGAAGCGUCUCUAGCAUGCACAACGUGCCAUGUGUAUGUACAGAAUAACUAUCUCGAAAAUCUAAGCGAGGCGGAUGAAAAGGAGGAUGAUCUGCUGGAUAUGGCGCCAUUUCUGCGAGAAAACUCCCGCCUCGGCUGUCAAAUAGUGCUCGAUAAAAGCAUGGAAGGCAUGGAAUUGGAACUACCCAAGGCAACGCGUAAUUUCUACGUGGAUGGGCACAAGCCGAAGCCACAUUAAAUCAACCGCUGUUUAUUGCCG